AUGAGCGGCGGGGGCGAGGUCGUGCCAAGACUCAGCUUCGAGGAGAUGCGGGGCGAGAUGAGCAAGUACGGCGUGGAGAUAACACAGGGGACGCUGAAGAAUCCCACGACGGAAGACAUGCAGGGAGUAUACAGCAUGUGCAUAAAACACAUCCUAAACAAAGACAUUAAUAACAUACGGAUAGAGGAGUUCACAGGGGACUUAAAAAGCUCCAUGCCGUCUAUUGACGGAAUUCAAAUUCUUCCGAACGAAGGGAAGAAUCACCUGCAGGCCAUCGGAAACUUGCGCUUCAUUCGGCACUGCGAACAGAUUAACAAGAUACUAUGCGUGGAAAACACACUCAGUUAUAUUUUCAAACCAGUCAGCAGUCACAUGACCAAGCUUAUAAAUGCAUUCAUUCACUUCACCAAAUAUAAGGAUCAGAUUUAUCUGGACAAUGAGAAGAAAAUUAAGAAAAUCGAGCAAGGCAAGAGUGAACACCUCGCAUUGGAUGCUGAACUUAAAACACUAAGGAACGAAUUACAGGCUCUAUUGGAAAACUACGAACAGAUAAAGAACAGUGUCCUUAGUGAAAAAAAUAAAAAAAGAGAUUACGAGGAAGAAAUCAUCGAAAAUCAGAAUCAUCUGAAUGCACAACAGAGUACUAUCAUCUCGUUAAGGGCCACCAAGGACAAAAUUGUAAACGAAACUAAUGAGCUGAUAUUCCAAUUUUCUCGAUUCAGACAAAAGAAAGAAGAUCUCGAAGAUCAGAUUGUACCUUCCCCGGAAAAACUACAAGAAUAUAACCAAGAAUUGAAGAAUCUCUUACUAGAACAUGUCUCCUACUUCGAAUCGGACAAGAAAAAAAAUGAAGAAAUUAAAAACAAAAUAAACGUUGCUGACUUAUGUUUGAAAAAACUCGUCGAGCUGCUGACCUCUUUGACUGGACACUUUAACGAUACGAUUAAACAUCACAUAGGAAAGAAGGAGGAGUUAAAAGAUCUCGAGAAACAAUUGAAGACAUUGAAAACGGAUAAGGACCAUCUCAGCAUGAAGAAAAAGGAUCAGGAAAGAAUCCUGCGCGAUACGGAGCAGUACUUUGCUGAGCAGAAAGCCAAGUGGAAUGCAAAAGUGGAAGGAGAGGAGAAAAACGUCGUCGUCGUGCAGAAGAAAGUAAACCAAAUGUAUGAACAAAUCGACGAAGUAAACAGAGAGGCCGACAAGGAAGCCCAAGAAAUUGACUCCAUUGUCAAGCUCAUUCAGGACACGCUCGACAGCUACCGUCGGAACUUCGCCGUCAUCGAUGACUUAACCGAACGCACGCGCAACUCGCACGUUCAGCUCGCUGCCAAGCUCCGCAAUAUCGUCCUACCCUGCGCGGGGAAUCCCUAA